UUGAUUUCCCAGAAGCAAAUUGAAAGUACUGAACCACCGGGAUAUUGGUCAACUUCAUUUCUAUUUGAACAAGUUCCAUGCGCUGCUUUCACCGAUCAAAUAUGUUUGCAACAGAAAAAUGAAAAUGGCGCGGAUAAAAUGAAUAAAUGUUGUGAUAAAGGCGUUUACCUCACUGAUUUAUGCGUACCUGGACGAUGUACAAAUGUCACGGUUGAGCUCUGCUGUAUGCAAAAAUUCCUUCAGUCUAAAUAUCGAUGUUGUAAAAAUAACAGUAAAGCAAUCAACUCUCCCGGUGAUUCAUUCAGCCGUUGCUGUUUCGAGAAAUUUGUUGAGGAUGAAGAUACAUGUUGUCCAUCACAGCGUGCAAAAUUUCAUUGGUUAUCGUCAAACGAAGUGUGCUUACCCAAUGUUCGAGUUGAUCUUAACUCAAAAACUGAUAAUAAUAAAAAAGAAUCGCUUCUACCCAAUAUAAUAACAAUAGAUUUAAGUAUAGAUAAGUCGUGGGAUUAUACCUGUGAACAAGGUAGUAAUGUCUUGCAGUUUCCUUAUUUACCCAACAAUGAAAAAUUAAAUGAGAAGACAGAAAAAUGA